AUGGGUGCCAAUAUGGUGUCCACGGUAGUCCGUCUCGGGGACAUCGCAUACUACAUGCACCCACUACCCUCCGGGCUUGAUUCGCCUACAUUGGACAAGGACCAGAUAGCUGAGCCAUGCACCGUUCUCACCAUCGGCCGCCAGUUGCUCGGCGUGAAGGAGCUCCAGGCCACGAUUCACGACUUCAAGGCCAGGGAUGACGUCUGGUCGCCGGACUUUCUUGGAACCAUCGUCGUCCAGAUCACCGAAUCCCAAGGCGCCCUCGGCAAGGACGACGAGAAUGCGCUUCGUAGUCUUGGGGCAAGCAGCCUAAACUCUUUCCACAGCAGCGCGGGUAAAGCCCAGCUUGCCCAAGGUCCUUAUUUCCUGCAUCAUGGUCGCCUCCACCAGGCGUAUCGGUUAUACCCUGAUACUGCGGGUGCCUUCAUGGUUUCAACGGUCCCAGCCGGCGACAACGGAUUUCGAUCUCUCGACGCUUCUGCCUAUGGCGAACAGUUCCCAUCCGCCCUGACCGUUGCCGUGCCAUCGCGCCUAUACUUGGCCAAGACGAAAGAGAAGCCCUAUGCAGGACUGCGUGUAGCUGUCAAGGACAUCAUCGACUUGAAGGGGCUCAAAACGGGCGCGUCUUCUCGUGCAUACACAGAGCUGUAUCCUGCCAAGAAGGCCAACGCAGCGACGGUUCAGCGCCUGAUUGACUUGGGCUUCGUCGUCGUCGGAAAGCUCAAGACGACGCAAUUUGCCGACUCGGAAUGGCCAACUUGUGACUGGGUCGACUACCAUGGACCUUUCAAUCCGCGCGGCGAUGGCUAUCUUACGCCCAGCGGAAGCAGUGCCGGCAGUGCCUCCGCGGUUUCCUCGUACGCAUGGCUUGACUUUGCCCUUGGCACGGACACCUUGGGGAGCAUUAGGUCGCCAGCGGCUGCUCAGGCAAUUUUCGGGAUGCGGCCCACGCUUGGGGCUGCGAGUACGAUGGGGCUAGUCCCAUACAGCUCGAACUGGGACACCAUCGGUGGUUUCGCCCGCACAGCAGCCGAGUACAAGACGCUCGCACAAGCCCUUUAUGGGUCGACGGACACGGCCGGCAAGAAACCCACCAAGCUGAUUUACCCGACCGACUACUGGCCAGUUGCCGAUGAAGCAAGCCAGCGCGUAUUCGAGGCGUUCAUCACCCGUGUGGAAGGCUUCUUGGGCGUGAAACGCACCAACAUCAGCCUUGCCGACACUUGGAAGAAAACUCGCCCGAAAGGCACUCAUGAGUCCAUCGGCAAGCACUUCCACCACGCCUUUGAUUGGUCCGCCAAUCGAGACCAGUGGACAGGGCUCCUACAGCCCUUUAUAAAGGAGUACACGAAGACGAUGGGCAAGCCUCCGAUUCUCAACCCGCAGGUUCGGUUCAAAGUCGGCUACACGCCCACUGUAACAGCAGAGCAGAAAGCCCAAGGCGAGAUGCUCAUCAAGACGUACCAUGACUGGUUCUAUCAACACAUCAUGCCGCCGGCCGAAGAUGGUUACUCCAGCACCAUCAUUGUUCUGCCCUGGACCAGUGGCGAGCCAGACUACCGAGACAAGUACAAGGACAGGCCACAGCAGUUUACGGGUCAGGGCUUCUUCUUCUACAACGUGGGUCCCUAUGCCCAAUGUCCGGAGCUCAUUUUCCCUGUCGGCACCACGCCGUAUACCUCCAAGUUCACGGGCGUGGUGGAACAGCUUCCGGCGGCUAUGGGUCUCAUAGCCGCUGAAGGCAGCGAUAUCAUGCUAGCCGACCUGUUCAGGCGUGUCACGGGCUGUGCCCGGCUGGUGGACCCGGUUGUACCGGGUCCGAAGCUGCGAGAACAUUCCGAGAAGGGCAAUAUAAGCUCGCACUCGAGGCUACGCCUCGAGUUCAGCUUCUUUCCUCCUUAG